GGCUCUGGGCGCCGGAAUCGGACUAGUGGCACCAUGGGCCAAUGUGCUGGAAGCGCUUGCGAUGAAACCGUUGAGUUGGAAUGCUACAACUGUGUGCAUUCAAUGUAUUUCCCCAUGUACGUGGUGAAGGUUUCCGAUUUCUUGGAGAUGUCUGGAAUACCGGAUGCUCAUGGUGCCUUGCUAUCUCAGGGGCUGCUCCAUGCAUGGAAGCCAGGUAUGUUCGUGGCAUUUGUAUCUCAUCAAUGGCUUGGCAAUACGCAUCCAGACCCCACAGGCAAACACUGCUGCUUCCUUCGUGAAACCUUGAAAGAAGUGCUGUCAGGUUCACUGGCCAUCGAGUCGGAUAUCGUGAGUCAAAAUCGUGGUGCAGAUCUCAUCACUUUGACCCCACGGAUGCGAAGGCAGCUGGCAGAUGGCUAUCUGUUUUUGGAUUGGUUUGCCAUCCCACAGAUCACUGCAAGACUUCCAGGCGUCAAUGAAGAGACCUGCAGAACUGAAGCAGCUCAGGCUGUUCAGAGUAUUCCGGCCUAUGUGGAGGCAUCAGACCUUUUCAUUGCAUUGGUGCCCGAAGUGAAGCAUCAGGACCGAGGCUGUUUCUGCAACUAUACGAGCUGGCUUCAGAGAGGGUGGUGCAGGGCCGAACUUUGGUGCCGACUUCUAUCGAACAGGCCAGACACACAUGUGAUUCUCCUUCACAGCACCAGGGAUGUGAGGUACAUGUUCCCCUUAGAUUGGCAGCUGAACACCAUCGUCGAUGGUCAGUUUACUGUGGAAGAAGACAGGCUCGUAGUAGCCAAGUUGGGGGAAGCUGCUGUGGAUGCCAAGAUCCAAAGCCUCAAGGAGCAACGGGCCAUGUGCAUCUUUCGCUGGUUUGUGGCCAACCGAGCUAGACUGCUGGGCCAUGACCGGUGGAAUGCAACCGUGCAGGGAUUCUUGAGGAAAUUUGACUUCGCCAAUUGGGAUGCAGCUGUGUUUGGUGAUCACAGCCGGUUGACCGGUUUGCUCUGUGCCAUGUUCUCUGGGGACACUGAAAUGAUGCGAACGCUUGCGAGUUGUCGAGCAGAUAUCAACAAACCAAUUUCUGGUUUGUCCGAACUGGGCUACUACGAAAGCCAAACCCUCUUGAUGGCAGCUGCAAAAUCGAAACAAACUGGUGAUGUCUUGGAGACCAUCAUCGAACUCCGUGCAGAUAUUUCUGUCCGAUCUUCCAACGGGUCCAACGUGAUGUUUUUGGCCAGAACUCCUGAGCAGGUGAGUGUCCUUUUUGCUGCCAGAGCAGACUUGCAUUCUCGUCGUGGAGACAUGAUGUUGACGCCCCUGACUGGUUGUGCCACUAUGGCAUGCACCAACACAGUUCGAGCGCUCCUGGAGGUGAGAUGCGACCCAAAGUGUGACAUCCAGAUCCCCAUCAUGUUUUCUCGUGGAAAUCCUUAUUCAUUGGAAAACCUGCGCUUGCUUCUGGCGCAGCGAGCAGAUCCCAAUUCGCGAGCAACGCUUGGAGGACCUUCAUAUACCAUCAGUUACAACAAUUCUGUGAAGAUGAGCAUCAUUGGCUGGGAAAGAAGUUCUGUGUGGACGCAGUACCAGGCGUUGUUGAUUGAUUGUACUCCGCUUCAUGCUGCAGCCUACGUUGGAGAUCAGGCCAUCACACGACUCUUGUGGGAGCAUGGAGCCGAGCAGAAGACCAACUUCAUGGAGAUGUUACCGGAAGAGAUUGCGGAGAAGAAAGGAUAUUGUCAUCUAUUGCCAAUUUUGUCCUCGUUCUUUGUGUGAAAGGUUGUCUUUGUUGGCCACACAGGCGAAGGCUGAUCCAGCUCUGUUUGAGACAUAGCUGGCUCUAUUGACUGGUUUCCCCGGCCUCAAAGGGACUGUGGGACCUGCAGUGACCUGCAAUGCAGUUCAAAGUGCAGAUCUUGGAACUAUUUGUUUCAGUGCAUGAUUGGGGGGCUUUCCACCUUCGAAUCAUUUGUCCGAUUUUAAAA